AUGAGGGCUCUCAUCUGCCUGCUCUUACUGCUAAUAUGCACUUCAGUUGCUGAGGCUGAUUUUGAUGGUGGUGCCACUUGGACAGCAAUUCUCAGAAAGUUUGGGGAACAUUUGAGGGCGUUCUGCGAUACGCCACGGAGGAACUGUCGCUUAACGAGGGACUGUCACCUUUGGGAAAAGGGCGGGCCUUACUACAAUGAGCGAUGGGGAAAG